AUGAUCACCUGCCCAGUAGGUGAAUACGCCGCGGUGAUGAAGAGGGCACAGGAGGAGAUCCCCCUCGAAGACCUGGGGAUCACGGAGCCAUCCAAGUCCCGCUUGGCCCAAACCGGGGCCAUGUUGAUGGAGGUGUCCGGCCCCGAGAGGAAGGAACAGCGGACAGAAGAUGGGGGAGAUCAGGAUCAGCGGCGUGGAUCCCUCAGCCACACCCGAGGAUUUUGCCCGGGCGGUGGCAGAGCAGGGAGGAUGUCCCCUCACCGAAAUAAAGGUGGGGGACAUCAAAACUACGGCAAGGGGCACCAGGACCGCGUGAGUCCGUUGCCCCCUGAAGGCGGCCACAAAAAUUGGGAAAGUCGGCCGUCUCCAGAUAAGGUGGUUCCACUUCAAAGUGGAACCACUGGAUGCACGCCCCCUCCAGUGCCACAGAUGCCUGGAGAAGGGGCAUGUGCAAGCCAAAUGCCCCUCGGGCAACAUAGACCGCAGCAAAUGCUGCUACCGUUGUGGCACCGAGGGGCACGAGGCGAGAGCGUGCACGGCACCGGCCCACUGCGCUAUAUGCAGUGCAGCCGGUCGCCCGGCCUCCCACCGGUUGGGAGGCCCGGCGUGCAAGGCCCCGAAAAACGGGGGAAAAAGGUUAAGGAGGGGACUGCCCAGGCACCCCUCCCUCAACCAAAAAAGAGGAAGGCGACGGCAGCUGCGAUUCUGCCCAAUUGGGAGGGACCCUGUCCUCCCCCUGAUAUGGAGUGCGAGCCGUCGCCGAGUGUCGCGAUAGACGACACGAUGGAGGUUGGCCUGCAGGAGUAA